AUGGCUCUUCUUCCUGCAAUCGGAAAUGUUCUUCGCAACAUCGAGGAUGAGAGGUCCCGUUUCAAACAUUGGACCAAACUUCCAGAUCUUGUGAAAAUUUUGACUUUAAAGAUGAUGACGUUAUCAGAACAAAUUGCUCUCAGCUCGUUGUCUAAAAAAUCACGGGCACUGACUAACACCAUCCCGUGUCGCAUACGAGUUUUGUGUGUUCGUAGCGUUGGAAUAGACGAAACUCAGUUACUUUAUACUGAUGGCGAAAGCAACUCUUAUUUCAUCGAAGUUGAAGAUAUUUGGACGAGACUCAGCCUGCCGAAGUCAGCAGUUUAUCGAGUCAUCAUUGGAACCCCCGAGAAAAAUGAUAAUGAUCUUUUUGGAAAUUUUAUUUCUAAAGUCAAGAAAUGUUCCCGUCAAGACUACACCAUCAAACCUCGGUUUCUUGUAUGGUACUUGAACGAGAAAAAUGUGGAAUUUGUCAACCAAUUAAUGCCAUUUUUUGGUUCUUCCAGUGGAACUUUCAAUCAGCCUGUGUAUGAAUGCAUUUCGAGCAGCACGCAGUGGACAGUCUGCAAGAAAUUAUUUGUAUCCAUGGAAAAUGUGCAAAUAAAUGAAGCUUCACAAAUUGACGUCUCACAAUUCAAUCACUUCAAUCAACUCACAUUUGAAGUUUCCAGAAUCGAUGGAGAUUCAAUCAAGGAACUCAUUGAGAAUCUCUGUUCUGGACGUUACCCAAUUAGGAGCAAAUUCUUCAUCGGAUGCUUCAACGGAAUUCCAAUUGCAGACGUAGUGCCGCAACAAGAGGGUCCACAGGUGUACGCAAAAUUUUUUGCUUUUCCGCACGACGUCAUUGGAUAUGACGAUUGGGUCGUCGCUGUCGUUGUUGGCAGAAAGUAUGUUCAAGCAGUAAUUGUCGAGAGAGACGGCUGGGAAAAUCGAUACGGAAAAGUCUGUUGGCAUUCUCAAUUUAAUCAGUGCCGCACUGCAAGUCAUAUGGAGAAUGCACCUCUGCCAUCGGGAAGUGAAGGAUUCGUUUCUAAUUAUAAUCUUGAUUAA